AACGAAAGAGCAAACAUGGCGGCCGACAGCAAAAAAGACGCGCAGGGAUCCACUUUACUACCCCUGCAUGACAGAGUGAUGCAAGUUGUGGAUAAGCUUGGUCAGCCAAUUCAAGUUCCAGCUUUGAGUAAAGGUUUCGUGGAACCAGUCUACUGGCUCAAGUACAAACCUCCGCGAAUGAUCUUCAGCUUCGAUGAGCUGAUGUCUAUAUGUGCUGACGAGAAGCACGACCUGGCUGAAAAGCACAGUGCGGCAAUCGACGAGUGGUUGGAUCGCAUGGCAUACAUUGAGGAAGACUUGACGAAGAUGCUCCGGAUUCCCCACAAUCGGUACACGGGACUGCACCGGUACACCAUCACAAAGGAGAUGCAGGAGGCCGACGAACGAGUGCAUAAGUUGGUGUUCCGAACAUUCCUUCGUCUUUCCACGAAUAAGGAGUCCAAGGUCAACUUCAUUGACAAAGAGAAAUUUGCGGAUCUCAUCUACGAAAACUUCAUCUUCGACAUUCCCAAGAUCUUCGACAUCUGCAUGUUGUUUGAGAGGUCGAACCACGACUUGGUGUGUCGCAUGGUGGAGCACAUCAUGAACUGUCAGCCUAAGUACAGCUCGGACCUGAAGGACAUCGAGGACACCAUGCUUAUGUCUUUUGAGAGGGCAGAGCAGUCCAUCCAGUCCCAGGAUGACAGCGAUUUCAACGCCAUGCCACGGCGCCUGGACGAGGGCAAGGCGGAGUUUUCAGAGCUGUGCCUUAUGCCUUUCUGGAAGCUGCUCGACCGUAUCACGUACACGGUGGACAUUGCCGCCACCCUGGCAACGUUCCUCAAUGUCUACCCAACAGCUGCUAAGAUCUUCACCCUCGAGAAUGUGGGCCCGAGGUUAGCAAGGUUUUUCGAUGCCACUUUCCUCGUACUGAAGGAGGAGCUUGUACGUCGCAACAAGUCGAAGCCUUUCGAACCGGUCUUCUCAAUGAUCAAGAAACGGUUGUCAUAUGCCAAGGUUUGUGUCCUGAAAGUCUUCCGCUCCUUGCUGCAGCAGUCCUGUCUGCAGCCACUCCUUGAGAUCGGGCAAGCGAAGCAAACUGGGAAAGAGAUUCCGUACAUUGAGUCUUUCUUCGAAGUCAUCUGCGACUGCUUGACAGAGAAACAUUUUAUAUUUUCCUACCAGCAGCGAUACCCAGUUGAAGAAGACAUUGGAAUGUUUGAAGAGUACAACUUCUUUGUAGACAACACGCGCAGCCUCUACGUCCUUCAGAGCAUCAGCACUGUCUACACUGAACUGGGCAGCGCUCCACCCAGCAACCUCCUGAACGCUCAGGAUGCGGCAGCUAACCCGAGGAAAACAACCAAAGUUCCUGCAUUCCAAACUUCCAGCGGGGCCACAGCAGCAACAACAGCAACGGCAGUAGCUGAGUCCAACAAAGCUGCCCCAGCAGAAGAAGAGCUAGGAGCCUGUGGUGGGGAACCAUUAGCAGCACCAUCAUCAGAAUUCCAGAACCUGACAGAACUCUUCCCAGAUCUCCCACAGGCAUUCCUAAAGGAUUGCCUGAAGUACUACAGCAACAACCAUGAUGAAGUGGUGAUGGCACUGCUGGACAAUAACCUGCCACCUAGUCUUACUAUACCUACCCCAUCCACGUCCACAUCUGAGCCGCUAGAGAUUGAGUCCCGAAGCAUUUACGACAACGACGAGUUUGAUUAUUGA